CCUUAUUUUUGUUAAGCGAUCCCAUGUGAAACCCUGCAAACUCCUAAUAAUUAAAUACAAGAAAAAUAUGUUGUAUUUUCUAGGUAAACCCUACUCGAAAUUUGAUUCCCUUUACCUCCAAAGAACUCUAUAAAUUACAAGUAACUUAAACACAACUCCACCAAAAACAGUAAUCGUUCUCCGCUAUCAUAGAACAGAUUAUUCUUAUAGAUUCUAUAAAACUCUUGCUUUAGACAUGGCUAUAUUGUCACGUGUUAACAACUCUAAACCGUCCCAAAAACAGCAAUCUCGUGUUCCAAAAGGACAUGUUGCGGUUUAUGUCGGAGAAGAGAUGGAGAACAAGAAGAGAUUUGUGGUUCCCAUUUCAUACUUGAACCAUCCUUCGUUUCAGGGUUUGCUAAAUCGAGCAGAGGAAGAGUUUGGUUUCAAUCAUCCGAUUGGUGGAUUGACGAUUCCUUGCAGAGAAGAAACAUUCGUGGGUCUUUUGAAUUCUUAUGGUUGUGUUGUUUCAACUUGAGAUAUCUUUUUUUGGGAAUCCUCAAAGUUUUUUCUUUCCAUUUUAUGGAUUUUUUUGUUGGUUGUUCCCUUUGUUUAUUUCUGCAAAGGAGAACAUACUGAAUCAGCCUGUAAAUAUGUUGUGUAACCAGUCAAAUCAGGUUAUACUAUUUGUACUUCCACAAAAACAUUGAUGAAACCCAUUUUCAUGUUUUCGAAAAUAAUCUUAUUA